CAAAUCAUCUUUCACUCUACUCAAUUACUACAACUCAACUACUAUCCAACAUGUCUCUCCCUGGUAGAUUCAUGAUCAUUGUCGACGGAAAGCCCGUCGCCAAUCCCCAAGACAACGGCGAGCCCAUAAUCCAGGCUCAGUCUGGCGACCCUGCUGCCAUUUUUGAGCUUCGAGACGGCCGUCUCUUCUCUGGCGAGUGGGCUUUGGGCCGUCUCAACUUUGAAGACCGAUCUUUGUUGCCCAAGCGUGUCUUGUGGCGCAAGAGAGAAGCCGUCGAAGAGCUUCAGCCGGUUCAGGUCCAAGAGUUUGAUGGUCCCCCCGAGCUCAAGUUUUCUGGUGCCGGUCUGGCAUUCUUUGACAACAAGCUUUUUGCACCUAUCAUAGAAGGCGAGAGCCAGCCUAUCCAGAUUCGCCCCUUGCCAUUCUAAGCAGUGUUGAUUGAUGAGCUGGUAUCUCAGAGACUCGGUUUUGAGAAACAUGUCUUUAAAU